UCUUCACUGUUAACCUCCCUGGUCGAGACUCUAGGGAUCUUCAUAUUGAAGCGUGGUUUCUACAAAAGCGAGGGCCCCAGAGGGAAAUGAAUUGUGAGGGCUAUGACAGGAAUUCCUAUCAUUGAUUGAGCCUUACGGCAGCGCUCGCCGCACAAAGCUCCAGAAACAGAGAAAUGGGGGUCAAGGAAGAGCCACUUUUCUGAGAAAUACACUACAACUGGCCGACCUUUCAACUGCUGCAGACAUCUCCAGACCCGGGAGGGCGAGUGUAGGGCACGCGAGGCUCAGUGGAGUAGGGGCGGGGGCGGUGCCUCCGGCCCCACCUCACCGCAGACAUAGCGAAGCGGUACUCUCCCACACACCCAGCACAGCAGCCUUCCGGGGGUGAGGUUCAUCCCGGGCAAGAGAGGAGCUCCGGUUAGUAGCAGCCAGUUCACCUGUCACCCCCAAGGCAAGCGUUUAGAGGAGGAUGUGAUGAGCCGAGAAUGAAGCGGAGAGCAUCAGACAGAGGAGCUGGGGAAACGUCGGCCAGGGCGAAGGCUCUAGGAAGUGGGAUUUCUGGAAAUAAUGCCAAGAGAGCUGGACCGUUCAUCCUGGGUCCCCGUCUGGGCAACUCACCAGUGCCAAGCAUCGUGCAGUGUUUGGCGAGGAAAGAUGGCACGGAUGACUUCUAUCAGCUGAAGAUCCUUACACUUGAGGAGAGGGGCGACCAAGGAAUAGAAAGCCAAGAGGAGAGGCAAGGCAAGAUGCUGUUGCACACCGAGUACUCCCUGCUCUCCCUCCUCCACACGCAGGAUGGGGUGGUUCACCACCACGGGCUCUUCCAGGACCGCACCUGUGAAAUUGUUGAGGACGCAGAAUCCAGCCGAAUGGUUAAGAAAAUGAAGAAGCGCAUCUGCCUCGUCCUCGACUGCCUCUGCGCACACGACUUCAGCGACAAGACCGCCGACCUGAUCAACCUGCAGCACUACGUCAUCAAGGAGAAGAGGCUCAGCGAGCGGGAGACCGUGGUCAUCUUCUACGACGUGGUGCGCGUGGUGGAGGCCCUGCACCAGAAAAACAUUGUGCACAGAGACCUGAAGCUUGGGAACAUGGUGCUCAAUAAGAGGACUCAUCGGAUAACCAUCACCAACUUCUGCCUCGGGAAGCAUCUCGUGAGCGAGGGGGACCUGCUGAAGGACCAGAGGGGGAGCCCCGCCUACAUCAGUCCAGACGUGCUCAGCGGCCGGCCGUACCGGGGCAAGCCGAGCGACAUGUGGGCCCUGGGCGUGGUGCUCUUCACCAUGCUCUACGGCCAGUUCCCCUUCUACGACAGCAUCCCGCAGGAGCUCUUCCGCAAGAUCAAGGCCGCCGAGUACACCAUCCCCGAGGACGGGCGGGUUUCUGAGAACACCGUGUGUCUCAUCCGGAAACUGCUGGUCCUCGACCCCCAGCAGCGCCUGGCUGCUGCCGACGUCCUGGAGGCCCUCAGUGCCAUCAUUGCAUCGUGGCAGUCCCUGUCCGCUCUGAGCGGGCCUUUGCAGGUGGUUCCUGACAUCGAUGACCAAAUGAGCAACGCAGACAGCUCCCAGGAGGCCAAGGUGACAGAGGAGUGCUCCCAGUACGAGUUUGAGAACUACAUGCGGCAGCAGCUGCUGCUGGCCGAGGAGAAGAGCUCCGUGCACGAGGCCCGCAGCUGGGGGCCCAGGCGGCAGCUGGGCAGCGUGCCGCCCGUGCGACGGCUGGGCCACGACGCGCAGCCCGUGAACCCCUUGGACGCAGCCAUCCUGGCGCAGCGCUACCUGCGGAAAUAGCAGCCUCGGGCAGGGGCACCGGCACCACCCACCACCUCUUCCCGGCCCCCAGCCGACAGCCUGGCUGCCCGGCUGGGCCCCGUAGCGCUGAACUCUCUCCCGGGCCGCACCGGGGACGGGGCAGCGACAGCCCAGGUCACACAUGGGGUCAGCAGAGGUACCACGAAGCUACCUUUUGGAAUGAUUGCUUGAUUGUUUGGUUUUUUAAUCUGAGAAGCCUAGAUAACUAAUCUGCUUUUAAUCAUGACGUUUUAAUCUACCUCUGUCUCUUUAACCAUGCUGUCUCUGGACUGAGUGAGAGGGAGGAGGAGGGAGCCCGCCCGCCCGCCCGGGGCCCGACCGACCCACUGACCCCCGGGGGCAGCUGCCCCCCACAGUCCACAUAAGCUGAAAGUGCAGCUCGCUGCUGGCUCCCAACACGAAUGCCCGCUCCCCACUGCCCUCCCAGGCCCCUCGCAGUCUGUUUUCCUCCCUCCCCUUCUGACCCCAGGCCCCUCAGUCCAAGCUUUGGAAAACUGUCACCUCAUCUUAAGCGGAAUUCAAAUGUAUUUAUUUUUGUACUGAAACCAACUUCUCUCCCAUCUCUAGGUGGCUCGGCCCAUGCCACUCCCUGCCCCCAGCCUGGCUGGACAGCAGGGAAUCCACAGCCCCCGAUGGGCCCCCUCCUCGCCCCCAGGCUCAGAAGCCCCUUCUGGCCGGUCCCCUUCCACCUCCAGCCCACCAGUCCCUCCUUGUUUCUGGUGACGCGGAGGCCUUUCUACACUUGGUUCUUUCUCUCCCAUCUCAGCUUCUCUGAGGUGCUGUACACCCGCAUCAACCCUGGUUUCCUCUUCCACCCCUCACCGUGGUACCGAGGUGACGCCGACGUGGAUGGGAAGGGUGCCUGGUGGGGGGCUGGUGAGGGGUGCUCUGGGCCAUCUAUGAACAGGCGGCCCUGUUUGCACGCCGUCUCACUCCCCUCACUCCUCUAUGUUCAGAGAACCGUGGGGGCAUCUCCUCUCCCGCCCCUGCCUCGUAGUAGAGGUGGUGUCUCUCCCAGCAGACCACCAGGGGCGCCAGGGUCCUUCCUGGGGGUGCAGGGCUCGUGGGGAGAACCGUAGGGACUGGGGGGCCCAGCCUGGCCUGAGAACAGCCCUGCUGCCCUUUUUGAGCCGAGAUUUUGAAGUGGAUGCCCAUCUUGCCAGAAACGCUGUUCUCACCAGAAUGCCCUCCUUCCCGCUCUCCCACACUGGACUUGGCCCUGUCCAGUGCCAAGCAAAGACCUUCCCCUGGCCUACCCUCCCCAGACCCCUCAGAGCAGCUGAGCGUUCCCCUUCAGGCAGCCCUGGGCCCUCGGGCCCUUCCUGCCUGCAUUCUCCCCAGUGGGGAGGUGACAGAGGCCUGUGUGACCUUGUUUCCCAGGGUGUGAGCUGCCCCCUCCCCAAAAGCUGACUCACUGUGAGUGACUUGGGCAAGGUCCCAAACCUCCUUGUGCCUCAGUUUCCCCAUCUGGAAAAAAUGGGGCCACCUCUUGCCAGCAGUAGCAGGGCCGCCCACGCCCCUUCCUCCCCAUGCCUCCAUCCCAGCACGUGGGCGCCUCGUGCCUCUGCCUCAGUGGGUCCGUGGGAGCCCGCCUGAGCCCAGCACUUACUCCCCUGAGCACCGGCUCAGCCCCCCUCAGCCGUCCAGCUGCUGAGAGCCAGGGUCUCGUGCUGGGGUGGGGAGGGGCGGGGGCGUGGGGCGGGAUGCCCUCUUUUCUAUAUUUAUUUCAAAAAGAAGUCUCCUAAAGGAGUAGAAAUGCAGUCCGGCCCAGGGCUCCCAGCCCCUGUGACUGUCCUCCCGUGAGGGCUUCACCCAAGCCCCUUGUCCGGCAGCCUGCCCAGACCCUCCGGGCCUGCUUGCCUGGUGGUCUUUCUCCUCCUUUUCAUAGCAAUAUCCUCCAGGUCUGCAAAGCCUCUCAGACAGACUGGUCCCUUCCAAGGUCAGCCCAUGUGUCUGAUUAAUUUCUGGCAAAGCAAAUGAGAGGAGUUUGGGUCUGCCCUCACUGGGUGUCACACGCUGAGAGAAGUCCUAUUGUAAAAAAACAAAACGGGAAAAGUCACAAAAAAGUUUGUAUAAAGUCAUAUUUUUGUACUACAUGGGGACUCUUCCUGCAUGUCAGCAAUAAAACUUCCUGAU